AUGAAGUGUCGCCCCUCAAUCCUAGUUCUGGCAUUCCUCUCCGUAGUCUCAGCCCUUGCUCUGAGUAACGGUCCAGCAAUAGUCACAGCUGGAAAUAACCUCGUAAAAGAUAGUUCUGCUCCUUCCCCUACAUCAGCACCUGAUAAUGAGCUUCGUUGUCGGCAAGAUCUACAGAGUAUAUCGCUGGUAGGCCCAGAUGCAAUCUGUGGUUACAUAGAGGGAAACGCAUCUCAGCCGUGGAGAUGCCAACCCCAGAGCUCAACUCGUGCAUUUGCUACAGCAACUCUAAAUAUCGCCAAAUGCACGGUGCAAGCCCUGCCUGCCUCCUUGACCUCUUCCCCUCCACCUUCUACCUCCAAUAGCUCAUUUAAAACGUCGCCGUCAAUACAGAUCAAAGCCACUACCGCUUCUGCAAUACAGCCGUUCGGGGACGGAGGCAAGACGUCAUCAGCCAAAGGGCCCAUCAUCGGCAGUAUAGUCGGAGGCUCCUUCGGGCUGGUGUUGAUAGCUGCCGCAGUCUUCUUCACCUAUUUGCGAUGCAAGACGUCCAGGAGAGGGUGA